AGGUAAGGAGGCCUAGGCAAAGCAGACCUGCCCCUUUAAGGUAGUGUCCCUCCCCUACCCCCUCCCUGCAGGUGACCCUUGCCCGCCUGCCUGCCUACCCCCCCAGCUGGAACCAAGAAGGCUGUGUCCCCCUUCCUCUGGGUGUCCUUGUCUCCUGCGAUCAGGAACUGCUUAACAUCAACGGCAAGGUCUAACAAGGGACCUGAGGUGACAGCUCUCACAUUGCCAGUAGGGGGCACAGUCCUCAUGAUGUUUCGGGGAGAAUAGGAGCCAGAACCUGAGACCCUAAGCCAUUCCCGUCACCAAUGAUGGGGUCCCCAGUGAGUCAUCUGCUGGCCGGCUUCUGUGUGUGGGUCAUCUUGGGCUGGGUAGGGGGCUCAGUCCCCAACCUGGGCCCUGCUGAGCAGGAGCAGAACCAUUACCUGGCCCAGCUGUUUGGCCUGUAUGGAGAGAAUGGGACGCUGACUGCAGGGGGCUUGGCGCGGCUUCUCCACAGCCUGGGGCUAGGCCGAGUUCAGGGGCUUCGCCUGGGACAGCAUGGGCCUCUGACUGGACGGGCUGCACCCCCAGCUGCAAACAAUUCCACGCACAGGUACUGUCUGAACGGCUCCCAGCUGCUGGUCAAUUUUGGCCUGAGCCCCGCUGCUCCUCUGACUCCUCGUCAGUUUGCUCUGCUGUGCCCAGCCCUGCUUUAUCAGAUCGACAGCCGCGUCUGCAUCGGAGCUCCGGCCCCUGCACCCCCAGGGGAUCUACUAUCUGCCCUGCUUCAGAGUGCCCUGGCAGUCCUGUUGCUCAGCCUCCCUUCUCCCCUAUCCCUGCUGCUGCUGCGGCUCCUGGAACCUCGUCUACUGCGGCCCUUACUGGGCUUCCUGGGGGCCCUGGCCGUGGGCACUCUUUGUGGGGAUGCACUGCUACACCUGCUACCGCAUGCACAAGAAGGGCGGCACGCAGGACCUGGUGGACUACCAGAGGAGGACCUGGGCCCGGGGCUGUCAGUGCUCGGAGGCCUCUUCCUGCUCUUUGUGCUGGAGAACAUGCUGGGGCUUUUGCGACACCGAGGGCUCAGGCCAAGAUGCUGCAGGCGAAAACGAAGGGAUCUCGAAACACGAAACCUGGACCCGGAGAAUGGCAGUGGGAUGGCCCUUCAGCCCCUACAGGCAGCUCCAGAGCUAGGGGCUCAAGGCCAGAGGGAGCAGAACAGCCAGCACCCACCAGCCCCAGCCCCUCCUGGGCACCAAGGCCACAGUCAUGGGCACCAGGGUGGCACUGAUAUCACGUGGAUGGUCCUCCUGGGAGAUGGUCUACACAACCUCACUGAUGGGCUGGCCAUAGGUGCUGCCUUCUCUGAUGGCUUCUCCAGUGGCCUCAGUACCACCUUAGCGGUCUUCUGCCACGAGCUGCCCCAUGAACUGGGUGACUUUGCCAUGCUGCUCCAGUCAGGGCUGUCCUUUCGGCGGCUGCUGCUGCUGAGCCUUGUGUCUGGAGCCCUGGGACUGGGGGGUGCAGUCCUGGGGGUGGGGCUCAGCCUGGGCCCUGUCCCCCUCACUCCCUGGGUGUUUGGGGUCACUGCUGGGGUCUUCCUCUAUGUGGCCCUUGUGGACAUGCUACCAGCCCUGCUUCGUCCUCCGGAGCCCAAGCCUACGCCCCAUGUGCUCCUGCAGGGGUUGGGGCUGCUGCUGGGGGGCGGCCUCAUGCUUGCCAUAGCCCUGCUGGAGGAGCGGCUACUGCCCGUGACCACUGAGGGCUGACGGGGCCAGUGGAAAGGGGUCGGGUUGCCCUUCUUUCCCCCCAACCACAGGAAUGGAGGCGGGACACAGGGCCAGUAGGAGCAACAGGAUUUUAAUAAACAGAACCCAUCCCAAA